UGUGGUCUCUCUCAAAUUACUGCGUAUUUGCGGCCUCGAUUUUAAUGUGCGUUGUGAAUCUAGGCGUAAAUACGAUUACCAUCAUCGCAGCGGCAACGAAAAAAUGUCUCGACAAACCAUCAUACAAAUUCAUCCUUGGACUAACUAUUUCAGACUUGUUGGUAAAUUAGAAAGGAGAAAAUUUAUUUCGAUUUUAUUUUUUAAUAUUAUAUUAGAUUGGUGUCUUCUUCCCGGUCCACAUGAUAUUCAAAACCUUUUACGAAGAGCAUGCAAAGGACACUUACUCUAAAUACUUCUUCCACUGCUUUUUGCCAAUAUUUCCCGUAUUAUUUUCGUGCGCAGCCUCCAAUCUCUUCCAGAUGGUUAUUGCGUUUGAUCGCUGCAUGUCUGUCAUGAAUCCUGUGCUCCAUCGCAACUUUCUAACUAAUAGGUUGGCUAAGAUCACAAUCUGUGCCGUGUUCGCCUUUUCAAUUCUGAUGUGCUCGAUGCCAAUGUACUGGAACAAUUUCCCAAACGACAGAUUCAAUGCCUGCGUACUUUUAACCCUGACUUUGCCGUACUACAGCUAUAUCAUCGUUCCGGUGUUUGUAGUAAUUCUCUGCUGCCUGCUUUUCAUCUACUUCCAGGUGUACAGGGUUGCUACCAAAAAUCUCAGAGACAAUGUGAGAACGUUGAAGAUGGUUGCGGUGAUUUUAACGAGUCACGCUGUUUGCUGGUCCCCGCACAUGGUGUGCACAUAUUUCCUCCUAAACGACGCUCUGCCGAAAAAGAACCAGAGUGUUGGGUACCACAACUUGGAACUCUACACCCUUUACCAUUGGUUGUUGCUGCUGGCCUUAUCAAGCUCCUUCUUGAAUGCUUUGUUGUACUCGUGGCGAAUGCCAGACUUCCGCAAAGCAAUUAAUGAGAUCAUUUACCGAAAGAAACCAGUAAUAGCAGUAUAUUUUGUAAAAGAAGGAGAUGUCUCAUCAAAACACUAUUCGCAAAGCCUCAAUUAUUCAUGAAGGUACUUCGCAUUCGCAUGUUUGGAUAAUGUAUUCAGCAAAUAAAAAAUUAUCUAAAAUAAAGCAAAUCUCAGAUGAACAAAUUAAACAGCAGAGGUGCUAAAAUCUUGGCUAUCUCACAACGCCUUGCAUAGAAAUGGAGACUGUGCCGCCGAGCAGUACUGCAGUGCGGGUAGCAUAAUGUCCAACUCUCUAAAACCACAAA